AUGUCGAAUAUGGGAUUAGGUUGGAUCUGUUUAUUGCUUGCUGUUUUUUUUCCUGUAGUCAAUGGCAGUAUGGCUAGAGGUGUUAAUGGUGGUAAUGAUUGUUUAAUUUGUACACUUGUGUUAGGUGUCGUUGAGAAUUUAUCGAUUGUUUAUAACGAAAGUAUUGUUGAAUCACUGGAACGAACUUGUAAUUAUUUACCACCUCAAUUCAAAAUCUAUUGCAAAGAAGCUGUAGAAUUUUUGGGUCCAAUCAUUAUCGACGGUUUUGAAAAGAAAGAAACGCCCGAUGUUAUUUGUCAUGGAUUAAAAAUUUGUACUGAUGCUGCUGGACAUGAAUGUCGUUUAUUUCCACCGAGAUCUUCAUCACGUAUUUCUUUGGCUCAAAGUGGUUCCAAUCUUCGUGAUCGUCAUCCUGAACUUCGUUCUCUAUUGACUUCUAC